UCCGUGAAGGCAGCGCGAGCACAGACGUGGCCAUAUCGCAUCUGCUGCGUUCAAGUGGCGCAGUGUCCCGUCUGGAGGCAGGGAGAGGGCGAAGUUUCACUAUCUGCAUUGCAGCCCGAGCGCUGCUGCCGGAACCCAACACAACAAUGGCGACUCCCAGUCCUGACAGCAACUCCUCCAGCUCCAGCAACAGCUUCAACAGUGUAGGAUCCGCGUCGCAUCAAUUUAACCAGCAGACACAGAGUAGCAGUAUGCAAGAAACCAACAGCUGCUGGAGAUGUCAAAAUGAAACAGGAUUUCAGAUAAGCCUUUCUGGAGUUUCCAAAAGUAAACGUAAAGCGCUGAAGCUGAAUUUCGCAAGCCCUCCCGUGAAGCCAGCGUCCCGCCUCCCGCUCAAUCCAACACCCCCCUCUUUCCAGAACCCUCACAUAGAGCGGCUGAGAACGCACAGCAUCGAGUCGUCGGGGAAGCUUAAGAUUUCUCCUGAGCAGCACUGCGACUUCACGGCAGAAGAUUUGAGAGACCUUGGGGAGAUCGGCCGAGGGGCGUACGGCUCCGUCAACAAGAUGGUCCAUAAACCCACGGGACAGAUUAUGGCAGUCAAGAGGAUUCGUUCCACCGUGGAUGAAAAGGAGCAAAAGCAGCUGCUGAUGGAUCUCGAUGUGGUGAUGAGGAGUAGCGACUGUCCAUACAUUGUCCAAUUCUACGGGGCUCUCUUCAGGGAGGGGGACUGUUGGAUUUGUAUGGAGCUUAUGUCUACCUCAUUAGACAAAUUUUAUAAAUAUGUGUAUUGUGCGUUUGAUUAUGUCAUUCCAGAGGAAAUAUUAGGCAAAAUAACAUUAGCUACCGUGAAAGCACUGAACCACUUAAAGGAAAACUUGAAAAUAAUUCAUAGAGACAUCAAACCUUCCAACAUUCUUAUGGACCGAAAGGGCAACAUCAAGCUGUGCGAUUUUGGGAUCAGCGGCCAGCUCGUCGACUCCAUAGCCAAGACCAGAGAUGCUGGCUGCAGGCCUUACAUGGCACCUGAAAGAAUAGACCCCAGUGCCUCUAGACAAGGCUAUGAUGUCCGCUCUGAUGUUUGGAGUUUGGGAAUCACCUUGUACGAGCUGGCCACCGGAAGGUUCCCAUACCCCAAGUGGAACAGCGUUUUUGAUCAGUUGACGCAAGUGGUGAAAGGGGAGCCUCCACAGCUCAGUAAUUCAGAGGACCGGCAGUUUUCCCCCAAGUUCAUCAAUUUCGUUAACUUAUGCCUUACAAAGGAUGAAUCUAAAAGGCCAAAGUACAGGGAGUUGCUGAAACAUCCAUUCAUUCUUAUGUAUGAAGAGCGUUUCGUGGAUGUUGCCAGUUAUGUAUGCCGCAUCCUGGAUCAGAUCCCGGCCUCUCCAAUCUCUCCUAUGUAUGCAGACUAAGGUAUUUUGGGAUGGGGCCUCCCCACUAUGCAAGCGGGUGGAAGAAACCCAGCUUUGCGAGGCGGUCCCGGCAAUCUUAUCUCCUGGACUUUUAUAGAAACGCCGAUUUAGUCACGUUCCAAAGAAGAGAGGAACACAUGUGGUGCAAUGAGAUAAAUAUUAAGGCAACCCUUCCACUUCAGAUCACCUCAUUUAGAGUCACCCAUUGUCCAAAAUAAGUAUAAACAACCAAAUGAAAAGACAGAGCAAUGGCGUUCAUGACUAAAAAUAGCCACCUAUUUGAUUGUGUGUUGUGGACUGUACGUAUGCAUUUGUGUGUUCACUUCUGAAGAAUUGUGCAGAUGUAUUCAGAUAGACAUACUUUGUAAACACACACAGCCGUCUUGGAGUUUCGCUCCUCGGUAACUAAAUAAGUAUGCAAAACGCGCUUUGUCUGGGUAAAUAAUUAUGAAUUUGGUUAUGUGGCUUUAUGUCCUUCUUUUCCCUCUUUUUGGAUGUGGAAUCUGUGAGUGUUUGUUUUAACACUCACUGAGGACAAUAUUCAACGCUCACGCUCAAGGUCGCCUAAGUUUGCACUUCUCCUGUUAUGUCAUUGGAUUCAAGUCACUGAGAUAAGCAUCUUUUUGUCGUAGAACAUUAGAAAUAUUUGUUAAGCCAUAGCAUUAGGGCCAAGCUUCUUCUGUGUUCAAGUUUUUUUUGGGGGGUGGGGGGUGGGGGGAACAGUCUCGUUUUUAAACUGACAGUGGUAUGAAAAAGUAUCUAAACCUUUUGGAAUUUCUCGCAUUUCUGCAUAAAAUCACCAUCAAAUGUGAUCUGAUCUUUGUCAGAAUCACACAGAUGAAAAAACAGUGUCUGCUUUAACUAAAACCAAACAUUUAUAGGUUUUCAUAUUUCAAUGAGGAUAGUAUGCAAACAAUGACAGAAGGGGGAAAACAGCUAUUAUAUUAUAUCACAGUUUAUAUUUGUCCUAUCAAGUAGCAGCCUCUAGAUAAAAACAAUGAAAGAAAAAGUCCUUGUACAGAUGCAGUACCGUUACCAGACGUUUAUAGAUAAACACACAGUUAUGAGAACCAGCGUGCAUGCUUGUACGAGCACGAACAUAAAGCAACGAGCAUUUGGCCCAUCAAAUCAGCACUAGAGAUGUAAAAAUGGCAGACGUGAUUGUUCACUGUUAGUAGCAAGUCUUCGGGGGGUUAGAAAAGUGUUUUUGCCAAGCGGAGACUAGCCGGAGGCUUGGUGAAACGUUCCGAUGCCCCAAACACUUUCUAUUGAUUGGAAGAAAAAUACUAUAAAUUUUGGGGCAGUCUCAGUUAAAAUGUCAGGGUUCUGUGUAGGGCUGCAGCUAUCGAUUAUUUUAGUAGUCGAUUAAUCGAUGAACUAGUUAGUUUGAAUAAUCGAGUAAUCGGAUAAGGAACAUAGAAAAUUAAAAUACCUGAGCUUAGCCUCAAAAGCAACAAAAGAACAAUUGGCUAACUUACAUAGCAAAAUUCUGCUAGCUUAAUUGCUAUAAAAUGCUAUAAAACAUUUUUUUUUGUUUGUUUGUUUGUUUUACAAUGCUCUUAAAAAAUGUUUCAAACACAUAUUCCUACUAAAAUAGCUAAAUAUACCUAUAAACAAAAUUACAAAUGCAUUUAAAAAAAAAAAAAAAGCUCAAACAAAAGCUUUUUGAAGAUUUUCACUUCCUUCACUUUUGACAAUUUGUAAAGCUAACGCACAUAUGUACACUUAUGCUCAAAACGACACACAUUUUAACAAUAAAACACAUGACAAAGAACAAUUGAUGUUCAAACGUCCAUCUAGUCUGAUCAAUAUGUAAAAUUUGUAGAUUAAUUCAGCCUAAUUUGCCUAACAAAGGUCCGCUAGCUUAAAUGCUACAAAUGCUAACAUAUUUACAAUUCUCAUAGCAAAUAGCUGACACAUAACUCCACAAACUGUAACUCUAAACUUAAUUACAAAUGCAUACACAAAUAUAUAUUAGCUGAAACAACUUACAGCCUUAUGUGGGCCAAACCAGAACGCAACUAUCUAGGGCUGCAACUAUCGAUUAUUUUAGUAGGGGAGUAAUCGAUGAACUAUUUAGUUCGAAUAAUCGAGUAAUUGGAUAAGGACCAUAAAAAAUUUAAAAUACCUGCGCUGAGCCCCAAACGGUAUUAAAAAUUAAGCUCUAAGUGCAACAAAAGAACAAUUGGCUAACUUGCAUUGUAAAAGUCUGCUAGCCUAAAUGCUAUAAAAUGUUUUUUUUCUUUUUACAAUGCUUUUAACAAAGGGUUCAAAUACAUAUUCCCACAAAAAAACGGCUAAAUAUACCUAUAAACUAAAUUAAGAAUGGAUUAAAAAAAACAAAAAACAUUAACCGAAACAACUUACAGCCUUAUGUGGGCCAAACCAGAACGCAACUAUCUAGGGCUGCAACUAUCGAUUAUUUUAGUAGUCGAGUAAUCGAUGAACUAGUUAGUUCAAAUAAUCGAGUAAUCGGAUAAGGAACAUAAAAAAAUUAAAAUACCUGCCUGCGCUGAGCCUCAAACGGUAUUAAAAAUGAAGAUCAAAGUGCAAUAAAAGAACAAUUGGAUAACUUGCAUAGUAAAAGUCUGCGAGCCUAAAUGCUAUGAAAUGCCUUUUUUUUUUUUUUUUUUUUUUUUAAUACACAGUUCAAACAGAUAUU